AUGGAUUCCAGUCUCCUCCAGGCAAUUGAGGAAAUUGAGAAUUUUUUCCAGCAUCUCUCUGAGCAACAUACAAAAUGGGCAGAAACCCCAGAUGCACCAGAACCACAGAACUGUAUGCCUCUGACUGCCCAUGCUGAGGAGAGCCAACAUGAGUCAACCUGGAGCAAGACGAUGCCUCCCUUGGGGCCCACAAUGAUGACUUCUGCAUGCACUAACAUCCCUGGGACAGUUCUCACCCAGGACUUAACAAUGCACCCUCUUAAAGACCUUGAAGACUUAAAUGAGACUUAUUCCAUGGGCCAGAAAGUGACUUCCUUUGAUCAGAUAAAACACACAGCAGGCUCCCAGAUGACAGAUGUUACUGACACCCCAAAGUCAUCACCCACUGAUUGCCAGAAGACAGCCAUCACUGCAAGCAAAAUGACAAUCUCCAAUGAAAGUAACCAGCUGAACACUCCAAGUAGUGACCAGACCCUCACUGAGAGUCAGAUACUAGCCCUGCAUGGAGAUCAGAUGAAGACCCUCAGUGCUAACCAGACUCUGUGUGGGGACCAGGUGACCUUCAGUACUGACCAGACCCUCACUGAUGGUCAUACAGUGACUUCCAGUGGCGAUGAGGCCCUCUCUGGGGGCCAGAUGACAACCAGCCCAGACCUCUAUAGAGGGCAAAUGAUGACUUCCACUGACAACCAGACCCUCUGUGGGGAGCAAGUGACAACCUCCACUGGUAACCCGGCCCUCUACAGGGAGCAGAUGACGACCUCCACUGGUAACCAGACCCUCUACGGGGAGACCCUCUACGGGGAGCAGAUGACGACCUCCACUAGUAACCAGACCCUCUGUGGAGAGCAGAUGACGACCUCCACUGGGAACCAGGACCUUUACGGGGGACAGACGAUGACCUCCACUGGAAACCAGACCCUCUACGGGGUACAGACGUUGACCUCCACUGGGAACCAGACCCUUUACGGGGGACAGACGAUGACCUCCACUGGGAACCAGACCCUCUGUGGAGAGCAGAUGACGACCUUCACUAGUAACCAGACCCUCUACGGGGAGCAGAUGACGACCUCCACUGGGAAUCAGGCCCUCUGUGGGGAGCAGGUGAUGACCUCCACUGGGAACCAGACCCUUUGCGGGGGACAGAUGAUGACCUCCACUGGGAACCAGACCCUCUAUGGGGAGCAGAUGACGACCUCCACUAGUAACCAAACCCUCUGUGGGGAGCAGGUGACAACCUCCACUAGUAACCAGACCCUCUAUGGGGGGCAGAAUAUGACCUUCACUGACAACCAGGCUCUCUGUGGAGGCCAGAUGGCAACAUAUAGUGGCAACCCGACCCUCAAUGGGGACCAGAUGCUGACUCUUCAGGUGGGCAAUAUGACAAUGCUCACUAAUGACUACAGCCUUUAUGGGGGAUAUAUGAUAUCCAAUCAGUUCUCAUCAUUGCCACACCCAGGAUUCCCAUGCUUUUCAAGUUCCCAUUUGAUUCAAGGACAAGUUCCAGAAAAGCAGAAGACACAGAGCUGCCAGUUCUGGAAGAAUCCUGAGGUUUCGAGGCCCUACAUCUGCACUUACGAGAACUGCAAGAAGUCUUAUAAAAAGGCUUGCCACCUCCGAACCCAUAUGCGCAAGCACACCGGGGAGAAGCCCUACAUAUGCGAUGUAGAAGGAUGUACAUGGAAAUUCACCCGCUCAGAUGAGCUCAACAGACACAAGAAAAGGCACACUGGGGAACGGCCCUACCUGUGUUCAAUAUGCAACAAGAAUUUUGCAAGAUCUGAUCACCUAAAGCAGCAUGCAAAGGUCCACAAUGUUCACCCAGGAUUAUGA